AAAAAAAAAAAAAAAAAAAAACCCUCUCACUCUCCUUCCGGGAGAAGCCAUGUCGAAACCGCCACCGCCACCCGCCUCCGAGGCCUCAUCCUCUGUCGCCGCGGCCGCUCCUCGUUCCCUUCCUCCAACGCUCCUCCUCCCUCCUUCGUCCAGCGGGAACCGAGGCACGCGCGGCCGCAGUGCCGCGGGGAGCAGGAAGGGCAAGGCGCCGGUCGGUUCGGCGGCCGGCGCGCAGGGAGGGAGACACCAGCACGACCCGCUAGGGGAGGCGGUGAGGUUGGUUGGGAGGGACGUGGACCCGGGGGUCGCCGGCGCUGACAUCCUGGAGCUGGCGAUGGCCAAGGGGCCCAUGUUCUCGUGGCUGAGGUACUGGCCGGAAGAGGGGUAUCCCGAGGAGGGUCGACCUUACUGAAGCCCAUCCCGGCUGUUAGGUACUACUCCCUCCGUCCCAUAAUAUAAGAGGGUUUUUUACACUAGUGUAAAAAAAAGCUCUUAUAUUACGAGACGGAGGGAGUAAUAUAUAUUGCAAUUUUAUUACACAUCAAUGUUGGGGGUCUUUGCCCCUAAUCGGUCCAGUCUAGGAGUUGAUCAUCUCCCGUGCCACUAAUUAUCAUACCGCCAAUGACUAUCCUGUGCACCUAUGUAGUUCAAAAUGUGCUUAAGAUUACUGCACACAAUGUGAUCCAAUGAUUCCUUCAGCGUGAGUUUA